GUUAGAGAUGGCGCGAAAGGCAGCCAUAGUUUGUUACAAAACAGAACCAGAAACUCCGAAAGUACCGCUACGCCUUUGCUCAUCAGAUCUUCCAACGACAAAUCUUCAGAAUCCCUCUUUCUCUCUCUUAAGCUUUAUUUUAAUUUUUCAUAUAAAAUUUUCAAAUCAUUCUUAGCUGACACAAUUUUCUUUUUUUGGAGCAACAGCUAAUAUUUACGAUAAAGAUAUGAGAUUAUCUUCGUAAAUAAAUCUUUCAUUUUUUUUUUUGAAUUAACUGUCUUCAAAUUUUCAGGUAUAUUUUUUUCUUGUUGACAGUUAGGUUUUCUGGGGGUUCUCAUUCUUGGUCUCAUUUCUACAAUUUUUUUUCUUAAAUUUCUAUUUUGUAGAAUAAUGGUUUCUUUUUUUUUUUUUUUUCUUUUUCUUGUUUGUUUUUUAUUUGUAAAUUGAGAUUUUGAGGCACAAGCGAAAAAUUGGAUCGCCGCUUGCACCUACGGCGAAUUUAUUUUAGGUGCUUGAUGAUUAGGGUUCUUUGGAACCCUAAAGGUCAUUUCAUGUUUUAGUUAUGGACUUGGCACAUGCGGGUGGAAGCGGUAAUAAGUCAGAAAGACAUCUGAAAUUUGUAGACAGGAGUGGGAGUAGUAAAAACUCUUUAACACACUUUGCAUCUGCUGUUACUUAUGAGAAAGGAAGUAGUGAGCAUUCAGAACCGUUGUCGGGUGUCACCAAUAAAAAGGGAAGCAGUAACCCUUUUGAGAUACGUACAGGGAUUCUUGACAAAUUGCGAAGUAACAAUGAUUUUGGUGCACAGCCUGAGUUUAUCAACGGGGCUGAAAACGGUAAUUAUUCAGAAAUCAUAGAUAGGAAAGAUAGCAGUAAGCAUUUACCAGUGCAUUCAAAUGCUAUUAUUGGUAAAGAUGAUGCGGCGUCCCCAACCAAAACGUUCAGAUCAUCAUCUUCUUCAUUUUCAUCUUCAAUUUCAUCAGCUUCAUCACGAGAAGAUCUAUUGCAGUUGAAUAUAGAUGUUCUGCGUUCCAGCACAUCUGCUACUUCUCCCCCAGCACGUCAGGAGAAUACUGCCGGAAAUUCUAUAAAAUCAGAAGAAUCAGACAAUGGGUUUUCGGGUGCGACAUCGUCCUCCCAAGUUUCUGUUGUCACUCAUGAAUCUAUUGGCCCCACUCCAUCACCAGUACAGUCCCCUUUAGUCCAAGUGAUGGACAGGUCAGGAAGAUUUGAUAGAAUUUCAUCCUCUGUUUUUGAAAGAAGUAAAUCUGUAAAGGAGUGGAGUGUUGCUUCAAAUGAAUCAUUGUUCAGUAUUCACAUAGGAAACACGAGUUUCUCCAGAGAUCAUUUUAUCUAUACUGAAUCACAAAAGUCUGCAGAGUGUAUCAAAUCUGGUGAAUUGAUUGAUUUCAGCCCACCACUUCCACUUCUGGAAUCAGGGACUGACAGGAAGAAGGAUCAGAUGGAGAAGAUUGGAGAAACUAGACUGUUGGAUAAUACUAUCAUGGAUGCAACAGGACCUGAAUAUGUAGAAAGCCGAAGCCCUCCAAUAGUAUCCUGGGAUUCCUCAAAUAUUUACAAUAAUUCUGGUGGAAGUUCAACUGGCAGCUGCUGCAGAAACAAGUGUGCAUGGCCAUCGUGCCACUGUUUUAGAUGUAGCUGGGUGUUUUGCUGCUGUCGAUGGCCAAGCUGCUGCUGUAGAUUGCCAAGCUGCCAUUGUAGAUGGCCAAGCUGCCACUGUUUUAAUUGUAGUUGGGCAUUCUGCUGCUUUUGGAAUUGCAGAAGAAAAAGACGGUAUUGUAACUCAUCUCCCAUGUUGGCAAAGGGAUCGACAGGUGGUCCUGUGAAAGAAGAUAGUGAGGAGCAGAAUCCGAAAUCAGCCUCCAGAGCAAGUUCGGGCUUAGUGACUAAUAAAUGGUUUCCUUGCCUUCCUUUUUGCUCACGGUGUUGUUCCCGCUGUUGUUUUUGCCAUUAUUGUUAUUGUUGUUGAGAAUGAGUCCUAUGGAAUUCGCGGGUCUUCACUGAUCCCUGUACAUAUGUUUAGAAAUGAGUGAGCAAAUAUGGGAUGUUUAUACAGUUCCCUUGCUAUUUUUUACUUGAUGUCAAAAUGCAAGGGA